AUGAAGACCGCUACCGUCAUCACUGUUUUCGGACUCGUUGCCGCCACCAUGGCUGGCCCUCUCAAACGAGAUGUCGAAUGGACAGAGAAAUACGUCAAGCCAGCCGAGGCUCGUGACGUUGAGUGGACUGAGAAAUACGUCAAGCCUGAAUCUCGCGAUGUCGAAUGGACUGAGAAAUACGUCAAGCCCGAGUCUCGUAACGUUGAGUGGACCGAGAAGUAUGUCAAGCCCGACUCUCGCGACGUUGAGUGGACUGAGAACUUCGAGCGGUAUGAUGAUGCUGUUAUGGCUUGA